UCUCGUGGUCUCUGCUACGGGGCUACGGUGGGCUACGGUCUCUGUCUGCUUGCGAAACAGUCGUUUCCAAUGGCUGCGAACGCCGACCGUCCAAUCGUCGCCGAGAAACUGCCCAAAGAAGAGCAAGACUUAGCCGAUCAGACCACGUUUGAGGAACAAACGUCGUUUCCAAUGGCUGCGAGCGCCGACGCUCCGGUUGUCACUGAGCAAAUGCUCAAAGAAGAGCAAGACUUAGCCGAGCAGGCCAUGUCCGAGGAACAAACGCGGGUCCUGAGCAAGCGGGAGCAAGAGCAGCUGGACCGGGACGCCUGCCUGGAGCGGCUGAAGAAUCUCCUGCAGGCCAGCAGCAUCUACUCGCAGUUCCUAAUCCAGCGUAUUCAGCAGCAGAACCAGGACACCAAGGCACGCUACCAGCAGAGGAAGCGCCCCAAGUUCAAAGAGAUACAGGUCCACCGUCAGGUCAGUCCACCAUUCAAUCUCAAUUCGUUUUAUUAUCAGUAA